AUGGCUCGUCCCCGUGCUCAAUCGGGUGCUGAUGGCCCGAAGGAGCCACAUUCAGUCUCCUUGAAAGUCUUGCGCCUCUCACGGCCGGCAUUAUCCUACCAAUAUCCGCUACCGGCAGCAAACACGAAGAUCUCCAGCAAAGCCGCCCUAACCUUUCCUUCCGACAAGGUCGAUAAUCAAUUUAUAUUCUCUCCUAAUCUCACACUCCCUCCAACGUUCGGAUCCGCAUAUGUCGGGGAAACAUUUGCCUGUACCCUCAGCGCAAACAAUGAACUUCCAGACGAGGCAUCGCGGGUCAUAACGUCGGUCCGGAUCGUUGCCGAAAUGCAAACUCCUUCGCAGGUCUCGUCUCUCGACCUUGAACCUACCGAUUCAGACCCCAACGACGGCUUGCAGAAAGAUCAAUCUUUACAGAAAAUUGUACGAUUUGAUUUGAAGGAGGAGGGUAACCAUAUUCUGGCGGUCAGUGUCAGCUAUACCGAAACGUUGAUUGGGACCGACUCGCAAGCAGCCAGCGGCCGAGUGAGAACGUUCCGAAAACUGUAUCAAUUUGUCGCUCAACCCUGUCUCAAUGUGCGAACGAAGUCAUCGGAGCUGGCUCCGUUGGAGGUUGACAACAAGUCACUAGGACCGUAUGGCAAGACCCGCCUACUUCGGUUCGCUCUCGAAGCUCAGCUGGAGAAUGUAGGCGAUGGGACUGUCGUCAUCAAGCAAACGCGGCUCAACCCAAAGGCACCGUUUAAGGCGAUAUCAUUAAACUGGGACCUUGAGCGGCCCGACCAAUCGGAUUUACCACCCCCUACCAUCAACCCGCGCGACGUACUACAGGUUGCGUUCCUGGUUGAACAAGAAGAGGGUCAGCAGGAGGGGCUGGAGGACUUGCAGAAGAAUAUGCGGCGAGAGGGCCGCGCCGUGCUGGGCCAGUUGUCAAUCGAAUGGAGAAGCUCCAUGGGAGAUAAGGGAUUCUUGACAACGGGUAAUCUGCAAACGCGGAAGCGAGUAUGA